GACCCAGCUCACCGCUAGCGGCGUGGGAGGUGAAUAUAGUGGCCUUUCCGCCCGGACUAGCACUGCCGUCCUGGAUUUGAGUGCGCUGGGCAGCUCAGGGAAGAAGCAGGGUCACUCUCUGGGAGGGAACCUUCCCAAAGAAAAGCGAGUCUGAUGCAAAGCCUUUCAGCAUCACCUCUGAUCACCUCCACCUCAACAUAGGACUAAGAGCUCCAGUAUAAAGUUACAACUGACAGAGUCGUAGGACAUAGUAGUUCAGAUCCUGUUAAGGGUCCAGAGAAGUUUUAGAGAAGUGCACCCAAUUCAUCAUGAUUGAAGACAACAAGGAAAACAAAGAGCAUUCCUUAGAAAGGGGAAGAGCAACUGUCAUUUUUUCCUUGAAGAAUGAAGUUGGAGGACUUAUAAAAGCACUGAAAAUUUUCCAGGAGAAGCAUGUGAACUUGUUACAUAUUGAGUCUCGAAAAUCAAAGAGAAGAAACUCAGAAUUUGAGAUUUUUGUUGACUGCGAUAUCAAUAGAGAACAAAUGAAUGAUAUUUUUCAUCUGUUGAAGAAUCAUACUAAUGUUUUGUCUGUCAACCUACCAGACAAUUGCACCAUGAAGGAAGAUGGUAUGGAAACUGUUCCUUGGUUUCCAAAGAAGAUUUCUGACCUAGACCACUGUGCCAACAGAGUUCUGAUGUAUGGAUCUGAACUGGAUGCUGACCAUCCUGGCUUCAAAGACAAUGUCUACCGUAAAAGACGGAAGUAUUUUGCAGACUUGGCUAUGAACUAUAAACAUGGAGACCCCAUUCCUAAGGUUGAAUUCACUGAAGAGGAGAUUAAGACCUGGGGAACCGUGUUCCGAGAACUCAACAAACUGUACCCAACCCACGCCUGCAGAGAGUAUCUCAAAAACUUACCCUUGCUUUCUAAAUACUGUGGAUACCGGGAAGAUAAUAUCCCACAAUUGGAAGAUGUCUCCAACUUUUUGAAAGAACGCACAGGUUUUUCCAUCCGUCCUGUGGCUGGUUACUUAUCACCAAGAGAUUUCUUAUCAGGUUUAGCCUUUCGAGUUUUUCACUGCACACAGUAUGUGAGACACGGUUCGGACCCCCUCUACACCCCAGAGCCAGAUACCUGCCAUGAACUCUUAGGUCAUGUCCCCCUUUUGGCUGAACCUAGUUUUGCUCAGUUCUCCCAAGAAAUUGGCCUGGCUUCUCUUGGAGCUUCAGAAGAGGCUGUUCAAAAACUGGCAACGUGCUACUUCUUCACUGUGGAGUUUGGUCUAUGUAAAGAAGAGGGGCAGCUAAGAGUCUUUGGUGCUGGUUUACUUUCUUCCAUCAGUGAACUCAAGCAUGCACUUUCUGGACAUGCCAAAGUAAAGCCCUUUGAUCCCAAGAUUACCUGUAAACAGGAGUGUCUCAUCACAACUUUUCAGGAUGUCUACUUUGUAUCUGAAAGCUUUGAAGAUGCAAAAGAGAAGAUGAGAGAAUUUACCAAAACAAUCAGGCGUCCAUUUGGAGUGAAGUAUAAUCCAUAUACACGGAGUAUUCAGAUCUUGAAAGACACCAGGAGCAUAACCAGUGCCAUGAACGAGCUGCAGCACGAUCUCGAUGUUGUCAGUGAUGCCCUGGCUAAGGUUAGCAGGCAGCCGAGCAUCUGACAGUGGCAUUCCUUAUCCUGAAAGCAUCUGAGCGUCAAUUCAGAGGCCUGUGGGUCAACGGUUGCUUUUCCUGAAGACCUGGUUGUGGAGGGACAGCAGCCGAAUGAUAUUCUCUACUCCUAUUCCCUAAUGGACUAUUAGUCUUUGCAAAUGUGUACCUGGAUCUUUGAGCCACUAAUUUUUUUCCUUUUGGUAAUAGCUUUAGUGAGGCGUAAUUCACAUACCAUGCAAUUCACUACCACCCCGGUUUUUAUAGAGAAUUUGCUUGACCCAAUGGAUCUAGUCCUAGCCUGAUUCCAUUUUCUUCAGUCCUUCUUGAGUAAAAUGACUGAUGAUUACUUAAAAUACUUUGAUGGUAUUAACUUUGAUGAUUACUUAAAAUGCUUUGAUGGUUAUUAUGGAAUUGAUCCAUAUUGUUACCUAAGAUUUUCUAAGGGAGCUCCCUUGUGGCACAGUGAGUUGGGGGUCCGGCAUUGUCACUGCAGCAGUUUGAGCAGCUGCUGUGGCAUGGUUUUGAUCCCUGGCCCGGAAACUUACACAUGCCGUGGGGAUGGCCAAAAAAUUUUGUUAAGUAUCUUACUUAUCACUGAGUUUAUGCCAAGCUCAGUCACAUUCACAUUCUUAAAUUUAUCAGGAGACUAGCUGUCUCUGCUGCUAGAUGGAGGAAAAGCAGGGAGGCCUUUGCACACAAAACAUACCUAGUAAAGGGCAAGUAGUCUAGGUUCAGGUGUAGUGUCUUAUAGGGAAAUGGGAGUAGCUAAGUCUAGAAAGAUUGAUUGGGCAUAAACUUUAAGUCCAGGUGAAGGAUUCGGAACUUUUUUUUUGUAGGCACCAGAGAGCCCCUGCCCAAGUGACCAUCCUCCUUUAAACUCUUCUUUCUAUAGCAUUGCAUGAUGCUGGUUUUGUUUUAGGUUAGUCCUACUCAUGGGGCCAAGGGGAAUUUUGUGGGGGUGCUAUUUGCAAGGAUGUGGCAUGCAGACAUGCAACCCCAGGGAUGGCCCUCAGGUUAGCAGGAGACAGUGUCGUCUGGGACAGAGGAGAGAUACACUAAGUUAAAGUUGGAAAAGCAAUGCCGAGCACUUUAUUGCCAAGAUAGAAGGUACCAUAAACAGGAAGGCGGAGGGUCAAGGGUGGGCAAAUGGGGAGGAGAUGGUGUAGGAAAAGUCAAGAAGAGCAUUUCAGGACUGACACUGUAAUAACAAAGGUUGCAGCAUUGGCUUUUAUGUGGGGUCAGUGGUGUCAUGCAGGGAGCAGGCCUGGUAUACACAAACCAAACUCCCAAGUAUAGGCUCCUGUCUUUUCAGUUUGCUUCUCUCCUCCCCCUACCCACCAGAGGAAGACUCUCCUCCAGUUUCUGUCUUUGGCCCUCUUCUCUCUCUGCUAUAUGUCUUCUACAUCCAUGACUUCAAUUCUUAUUUCAUGUGAUUCCCAUACUUGCAAUUCUAACCCUGACAUCUGUCGCGAAUUUUUGCCUCUUAAGUCCAGGUGCCUGCUGAAUAUUUCCGUUUAGAUGCCCCAUAAAUUAGGCCAAUGUGGUAUCACUUCUUGUGGCACCAUUCAUGUAGAAUGAAAUGGGGUUGUGGGAGUUCCCGUCAUGGCUCAGCGGUUAAUGAAUCUGAGCAGCAUCCAUAAGGACACAGGUUCGAUCCCUGGCCUAGCUCAGUGGGUUAAGGAUCCUGCGUUGCUGUGACCAUGGUGUAGGCCAGUUGCUACAGCUCCAAUUUGACCCCUAGCCUGGGAACCUCCAUAUGCUGUGAGUGUGGCCCUAAAAACAAAAAAGCAAAAAGAAAUAAAUGUGGGUUGUGCAAUGUAGCAGCCCUGCCCAAUAUCUCAAACUCUAAAGGUCCAAAAGGAACUCAGAAUCCCUUGAAUAUUAUGCCCCAUCAGCUUCCUCUCCCAGUGAUCUCAUUUCUAUUAAUGGUAUAUUAAAGGUCUUUCAGAACUCUUAAAAAUUUUAUUUUAUGUUAUUCAAAGAAAUAGAAUUAGAAAGAGUAAUUAAUCCUACUUCAAAUUUUUACAUUACUUAUAAAUUUUAAUAGCUGAUCAAUUGUUAAGUAUACCUUUGAUAGUAAUAGAUCUAAGUCAGCCAAUCUGAAGCCAUCUGAAAUAUUGGUUAGGUAGUGUAUAGUUAGUGUAUUUGAUUGCAAGGAAAUCUAUUAAGCAAACCAUAAUAGAUAGCAAAUAACAAACUGUGCAUACUGUAUCUAGUUAUUUUCAUACAACUUUAUCAUGGUAUGGUAAAGAAUGGUAGUUAUUAAAUUUUUUGAUAGUUAUUAAAUUUUUAAAUGAUGGUAUUUCAAAUCAUUCUAUGACAAAAGCCUACUAAAGUAAAUGUUGAAGACAUGACCGUUAUAAUUCACAUCUUCAGAGUAAUGCAAACAUUUCAUGAUUGAUUUCAGUUUGUUCUUCUAACCUCUGAAUUUAAAAUAUUUGAUAAAUGAGGAGUCCUGAGAACCUUAGAGUUUUCAUGCAUUUUAAAUAUAUGCCUUCAGAGCAUCAAGGAAUAUGUUAAUAGUUAUUCAAAUAUGAGAACAGAAUUGAACCAAAAGUGUGGUUCAUAAUUCUUAAUUAGUGAGUUAUUACUUGGAGACAUAGAUGGUGUUUUCCUAACUUUUGGAAGAAUGCUCCAAAAGCUAGCUGUCAGAAUGCCUGCAUUUCGUAAUCUGCCUAGUUUAUCAUUUGGAGUUAUAUGGUAGUAAUGACCCACCAAAGUGUAUAGGAUUAUAGUUCAUUUUUAAGUUGCCUUCCAAAAGGAAAAAAUAAAAAACUCCUGGAAUUGUCUAAAGGAGCACAUACUAGAAUUCAUACAUUACUUUUUUUGAAAUGUAUAUACUGUCAUCUAUUUCAGUCUAGUCUUUAUUUUACUAAAAUAAUAUACAUUUAUGAUCUGCAAGUUUGUUAUUCAACUGGAUAAUAAAAGGACACAAAAAUUCCUGUUCUCAACCAGCGUUUAUUUUUGUCAAAUAUGUUAAAAACUAACUUAAUAAACAAUAAGUUCUUACUGUA